AGACUAUAAUCAAGAAAGUCCAUGAUGCUUUCAUAUCCCAGUGUCGAUCCAAUCAAUCCUUCCAUCCUCACCUCCGCCCGUAUAUAAAUUUGAUUUGAUUGCUUUGUACCAAUGGCGCAAUAAUCUCUAGCCUUAUCUCACUGGUAUAACGAUCACUUUACUCUUUGUCUCUGCGGGUAUAACACGCGCCUGACCCUGUCCUCCCACAAGUAAAGCAAGUGGAGUGAACCUCAAAAUAUAUGAGGAUUCUCAGAAUGGGCAACAAGCAGAAACUCAACGUUCAAUCCUUCCCCAGACCUCCACUUCUCGAACGGACCCCAAGACAUCUGCAAAUCAAAUGGAAUGGACAAUUGAUCGCUGAUACCAAGGAAGCAUAUUGGGUUCUAGAAACCCAUCACCCUCCAACUUACUAUCUCCCGCCAUCUGCUAUUCUCGUAACCCUUGCCCAGACUGGCCGCUCGUCUUAUUGCGAGUGGAAAGGCAAAGCGACGUACUACGAUAUCCCCUCAGCGGAGAUGAGGGUCUCGGGCCGUAUUUGGUCUUACAACACACCCACUAAGACUUUUGAGGCCAUCAGGGGAUAUCUCUCGUUCUAUGCUGGACCGUGGGACUGUUAUGUGGACGGUGAGAAGGUCGAGCCGCAGCCAGGUGAUUUCUAUGGAGGUUGGGUCACUAGCGAUAUCGAGGGUAUCGUCAAAGGCAAGAAUGGGAAUUACGAUCCUCGUGUUUGAAUUUUAGUAAAGUGAAAAAUUAUUUCCAAUCCAUUCGUCUCU